GCAGUCAAAUCUUUUUUGCUGAUGACCAACAUCAUUAAGACAGAGAAGCAGCUUGAGCAGAGGUGCCCUGCGCUGAGGUUUUUUUGGGUUAUCUGUUCUUCAGACAAGUCCUGUGAAUGAGGGAGUGUGGAUAUCCACAGUCAUGGAGUUCAGACAGGAAGAUGUGUAAAUUAUAGUGCAGCUGUUAAAACCUGUGAGGUCAGGUCAUGGUGCCCUGUGAAAUCCAUGAAAAACCCUCCUGAGCCUGCUGUUCUGAGGAGUUCUGAAGACUUCACGCUAAUGAAGAACAACAUUCACUUCCCAAAAUUUAAUUACACUGUGGGUUUGCGCCAAAUGCCCUUAACACAGUAUCUAGCCAUACCUCUAGAAAGAGGAGUUAUUGCCAUUGAGAUUAACUGGGAUUGUAACUCGUACAGCUGGUUUUAUGACUGCAGUUCAAAAUACAGCUUUAGCCACCUUGAUUGCAGAAAAAUACAGCCUGGAUUCCAAUUCAGAUAUGCAGGGUACUACAAGCUACCACAUGGAAUGGAGCAGAGAACCCUUUUCAAAGUCUACAGAAUACAGUUUGAUGUCCUUGUCUUCAGCACAGACAAUGGUAGAAAAUUUAACAGCCUUGAACUCAUUAAAAACAUAGGGUCCAUGAUCUCCUAUAUUGGUUGCUUGAUAAAGAAGCUUCUGAAAACAAGCUUGCAGCAUGCUCAUGGCAGCAUCGGUGAGAACCACCCUCUGAAAUUCUGUGAUUGCACUGAUAACCACGACGAUGAAGAACACGAGCUGGGGCAACCUCUCAGACAAGGGACCUCUACCCCAGCCUGCCAAAAGUUGUGCUGCUGUGGCAAAUGCCAGCCAACACAGAAGCACCAUGAGCUGCCGAAGCAAAAAAAGGGCAGUGCAUCACAAUCUCCCAUUGAUUUGCUGUCCAGUCACACCCUGAAGAAAGCUUUUCUCUAGAAAAAUCCCUUUCUGGACCUUGCAUACAAACAGCACAUUCACUGGCAUUUUGGCUCUUUUGGUCUGGAACAUGGAGUCAUCAUCCCAAGCUGCUGCAGGUGGAAAAUUAGAUAUACUUAUCUCAAAGCUGGUUUUAAGAUGGAACAAAGGUGUAGCAUAGCUUGA